CGGCUACGACGUGCAUCCCGCCCUCUUAGUUCAAACAUUUCCUCGUAUUCCGAGCUGGACCUGCGCUUUCGCCCUCAAGUGGAGUGAUUUAUAGCUGACCCUGGACCCUAUUUUUCCCUUUGAAAUUCAGUUCACUCAGUAUCAAUAUGGCCAGUUUUGAAAUCAAAGACGAAGUCCUCACCGGCUUCAAGGGCAAGGUUGCGGUUGUGACAGGAGGAUCAUCUGGCAUUGGCCUCGCCACAGUUGAGUUGCUGGGAUCACUCGGCGCAUCCGUCGUAAAUGGUGAUGUCCAAGCACCAAAAACACCUGGCGAUGUCACUUUUGUGCAAGCCGAUGUGAGGAGCUGGACAGACCUCGUCAAGCUUUUCAAGACAGCAAAGGACAAGCACGGAAGGGUCGACUACGUUUUUGUGAAUGCUGGCAUUGGCCCGCGCGCCAACUACCUCGAGCUUGAGGUUGACGAGAACGGUGAUCCCAAAGCGCCAAACAGCGACACCGUCGACAUCAAUUUGGACAGCGUGAUCAACACUACCACAGUAGCUGCUCACUAUUUGAAGGGACAGCCAGAGGGCGGGUCUAUUGUGCUCAUGGGAUCCAGCACUGGCUUGCACCCUGUCCGAGCCGUCGAUUAUUCAACCGCCAAAGCCGGUGUUCUCGGCUUCGGUCGAGGAUUCGCAAAGAUCGUUGAGGUAGCCGGCCUACCCAUUCGUGUCAACACCCUCAUCCCGUCUUGGACAGACUCGCAGGUGCUGCCUGAUCUGAAAAACAUCCUAGCAGCAGUAUCACAGGGAUGCCAGCCUGCCUCUGUAGUUGCCCGCGCAGUCGCUUACUUGUUCGUCGAGAAAUCGAGACAUGGGGAUGUCAUUUUCAUCUGUGACGGAAAGUACACCGAGGUUGAGAAGACGAUCCUCGCACCAGCAUAUGAUACCAUUAGGGGAGAACACCCCACUGACGAUGAAGUUUUGGCCAGAGUGUUUGCAUUGGGAGGUUAGAUAAAUCCAGAUACCAGAAAUGUUAAAGCUACACGGCCGUAGCGAAUUGAUUCUUGCUAUUGUCAGCGAUUUCACUCCAUA